CAGCUGCCUCCUUCCCCUCACACUCUCGCUCUGUCCCGCUCCUCCGCGUCCUCGGGCGAAGCUGCCCUCGGCCCGGGCUGGUUCUCCCCCGCCUGGGGACGCCCCUUACCUCUCCUCCCGGGCUGCGGGGUACCCCGCCGAGACCAUGAGGAAAUUCAACAUCAGGAAGGUGCUGGACGGCCUGACCGCCGGCUCGUCCUCGGCCUCGCAGCAGCAGCAGCAGCAGCAGCACCCGGCUGGGAACCGGGAGCCCGAGAUCCAGGAAACGCUCCAGUCCGAGCACUUUCAGCUCUGCAAGACUGUUCGCCAUGGAUUUCCCUAUCAACCCUCAGCCCUGGCCUUUGAUCCUGUACAGAAGAUCCUGGCAGUGGGAACUCAGACUGGUGCUUUAAGGCUCUUUGGUCGUCCAGGAGUAGAAUGUUAUUGCCAGCAUGACAGCGGAGCUGCAGUAAUCCAGCUCCAGUUCCUGAUUAAUGAGGGAGCUCUUGUGAGUGCCUUGGCUGAUGACACCUUACAUUUAUGGAAUUUACGUCAAAAGAGACCUGCCAUACUACAUUCACUUAAAUUUUGCAGAGAAAGGGUUACAUUUUGCCAUCUGCCUUUCCAGAGUAAGUGGCUCUAUGUGGGCACUGAACGAGGUAAUAUACAUAUUGUCAAUGUGGAGUCCUUCACACUCUCAGGCUACGUCAUUAUGUGGAAUAAAGCCAUUGAACUGUCAUCUAAAUCUCACCCAGGGCCUGUCGUCCAUAUAAGUGAUAAUCCAAUGGAUGAAGGAAAGCUUUUGAUUGGCUUUGAAUCUGGAACAGUAGUGUUAUGGGACCUCAAGUCAAAGAAAGCAGACUACAGAUACACCUACGAUGAGGCUAUCCAUUCUGUUGCUUGGCAUCAUGAAGGAAAGCAAUUUAUUUGCAGUCAUUCAGAUGGCACCUUGACUAUAUGGAAUGUGAGAUCCCCUGCUAAGCCUGUACAGACAAUAACUCCACAUGGAAAACAGUUAAAGGAUGGGAAGAAGCCAGAACCAUGCAAACCUAUCCUCAAGGUGGAAUUCAAAACGACUAGAUCUGGGGAACCUUUUAUUAUUUUAUCAGGAGGUUUGUCAUAUGAUACUGUAGGAAGAAGACCUUGCUUAACAGUUAUGCAUGGGAAAAGUACCGCAGUGCUGGAAAUGGACUAUUCAAUUGUUGAUUUCCUGACGCUGUGUGAAACACCAUACCCAAAUGAUUUUCAAGAACCAUAUGCUGUGGUUGUUCUACUAGAAAAGGAUUUAGUACUUAUAGACCUUGCACAAAAUGGAUAUCCUAUAUUUGAAAAUCCCUACCCUUUGAGUAUACAUGAAUCCCCUGUUACAUGUUGCGAAUAUUUUGCUGAUUGUCCUGUGGACCUUAUUCCUGCACUUUAUUCUGUUGGAGCUAGACAGAAACGUCAAGGUUACAGCAAAAAGGAAUGGCCCAUUAAUGGAGGUAACUGGGGCUUGGGUGCUCAAAGCUACUCAGAAAUAAUUAUUACGGGGCAUGCUGAUGGGUCAGUUAAGUUCUGGGAUGCUUCUGCAAUAAAUCUACAAGUAUUAUAUAAACUAAAGACAUCUAAAGUGUUUGAAAAGUCAAGAAAUAAAGAUGACAAGCCAAACACAGAUAUUGUAGAUGAAGAUCCGUACGCCAUUCAGAUCAUCUCCUGGUGUCCAGAAAGUCGAAUGUUGUGCAUAGCUGGAGUUUCAGCUCAUGUCAUUAUUUACAGAUUCAGCAAGCAAGAAGUGAUUACAGAAGUCAUUCCGAUGCUUGAGGUUCGAUUGUUAUAUGAGAUAAGUGAUGUGGAAUCCCCAGAGGGUGACCAGGCACCACCUUUGCCAACACCAGUUGGGAGUGCCAAUCCUCAGCCCAUUCCUCCUCAGUCUCAUCCUUCUACCAGUAGCAGUUCGUCUGAUGGGCUUCGUGAUAAUGUCCCUUGUUUGAAAGUUAAAAAUUCCCCACUUAAACAGUCUCCAGGUUAUCAGACUGAGUUAGUUAUUCAGUUGGUAUGGGUGGGUGGAGAACCACCACAACAAAUAACCAGUCUGGCAGUUAAUUCCUCCUAUGGACUGGUAGUUUUUGGCAAUUGUAAUGGCAUCGCAAUGGUUGACUACCUCCAGAAAGCAGUACUCCUCAACCUGGGCACUAUUGAAUUAUAUGGCUCUAAUGAUCCUUAUCGGAGAGAACCCCGAUCUCCUCGUAAAUCUCGACAACCUUCAGGAGCAGGUCUGUGUGAUAUUAGUGAAGGCACUGUAGUCCCAGAAGAUCGCUGCAAAUCUCCGACUUCCGGUUCUUCAUCACCACACAAUUCAGAUGAUGAACAAAAAAUGAAUAAUUUUAUAGAAAAGGUGAAGAUCAAAAGCAGAAAGUUUUCCAAGAUGGUAGCCAGUGAUAUAGCAAAAAUGUCAAGAAAGUUAAGCUUGCCUACUGACCUAAAGCCUGACUUAGAUAUAAAAGAUAAUUCCUUCAGCCGAUCACGGAGUUCAAGUGUAACCAGCAUUGAUAAAGAAACGCGAGAAGCAAUCUCUGCUCUUCAUUUCUGUGAAACUUUUACUCGAAAGGCAGAUUCAGCCCCUUCCCGGUGUUUGUGGGUUGGUACUACAUUGGGAACAGUGCUUGUCAUUGCACUGAAUCUUCCCCCAGGAGGAGAGCAAAGACUUCUUCAGCCAGUAAUUGUGUCUCCAAGUGGUACUAUAUUGAGGUUAAAAGGGGCGAUCCUGAGAAUGGCAUUCCUGGAUUCCACAGGCUGCCUAGUGCCACCUGCAUAUGAAUCCUGGAAAGAACACAAUGUUCCUGAAGAAAAGGAUGAAAAGGAGAAAUUGAAAAAACGAAGACCUGUCUCUGUAUCUCCCUCCUCUUCUCAGGAAAUUAGUGAAAACCAGUAUGCCGUGAUAUGUUCUGAAAAGCAGGCCAAAGUAAUCUCACUGCCAACUCAGAACUGUGCUUAUAAGCAAAACAUUACGGAGACCUCAUUUGUGCUUCGUGGAGAUAUUGUGUCACUGAGUAACAGUAUCUGCCUUGCCUGCUUCUGUGCCAACGGACAUAUUAUGACUUUUAGUUUGCCAAGUUUAAGGCCUCUGUUGGAUGUGUAUUACUUGCCCCUUACCAACAUGCGGAUAGCCAGAACAUUCUGCUUCACCAACAAUGGACAAGCAUUGUAUCUUGUUUCGCCUACAGAGAUCCAGAGACUCACCUACAGUCAAGAGACCUGUGAAAAUCUUCAGGAAAUGUUGGGUGAACUCUUCACUCCUGUAGAAACACCUGAAGCACCAAACAGGGGAUUCUUUAAAGGCUUGUUUGGAGGUGGUGCACAGUCUCUUGAUAGAGAAGAACUAUUUGGAGAAUCAUCCUCGGGAAAGGCUUCAAGGAGUCUUGCUCAGCACAUACCUGGCCCCGGUGGCAUUGAAGGCGUGAAAGGAGCAGCGUCUGGAGUUGUGGGUGAAUUAGCACGAGCCAGGUUGGCACUAGAUGAAAGAGGGCAGAAACUUAGUGACCUGGAAGAGAGAACUGCAGCUAUGUUGUCCAGUGCAGAUUCAUUUUCUAAACAUGCUCAUGAGAUGAUGUUGAAAUACAAAGAUAAGAAGUGGUACCAGUUCUGACAACCAGAAACCCAAUGAAGUUCAACUUCAGCCAGAAGGAAAAAGGAUUUUCCUUUUUUAUUUUAUUGAUUUCACUUUAGGAAAGUUCACAUUAAAGGGAUGUGCAUCACUGGAUACUGUUCUUUCCUAGCACAGUCAUGCACUGUUUUAGCUCAGGCACGUGACUUUAACUGAGGUGUGUUCACACCCUCAGUGUGGAGUAUGUGGUGUGGGCCAGCUAUGAGUUGACAGUUUGGGAACUAGGAUGGUCACAUGUUACAAAUGAAGAAACAGAGGGAUGUUGAGGAAAUAUGGCAGGGACUAUUCCUGGAUCGUUCCUGUAUUAAACUUUCAUAUGCCAAAAGAUUCUGUGCUGUCGUAUCUGCCAUCAGUGUUUGACCUCUUUGAGGGAGAGACAAUAAGUCAGAAGUCCUGAAGCUGAAACAGUUAUGUUUGUGUCAUUGACUGAAUUAUAAACGACUCUCUUGGACUUUCCCUCCCUUCAGCUGACUGGUCAUCAGUAUCAUUAGUGAAAAAAAAAACAAA